AUGUCCACCAAGCCCAAAUCAAGAUGGGCAAACACCGAAGAAGACGCCGAGCUAGAAGCAAAGCUCAAGCGCGAAAAGGAAGAAAAGCGCCGCAAAAAGGCUGAAAAGGCCCAAAAGCUCGAAGACGAAGAACGAAGAAGGAAAGCCGCCGCCACCGCAGCAGCAGCAGCAGCAACACAACAAGCCAACGGCGCCAACAACAAUCUCAACGAUGACGAUAAUGACAACGAUCCCUCUCGCCCCUCAAAACGACGAAAACUCACCCCCGAACCUGCUUCAUCCUCCUCAUCCACCGCAGCCCCUACAAAACUCCUCCGCUUCGACCCCCCCUCCAGCAGCAGCCUCGCCCCCAGCCGCAGCGUCGACCACUACGACAAGCUCAACGACAUCGAGGAGGGCACAUACGGCUUCGUCGCCCGCGCGACAGAGCUCGCCACGGGGCGCGUCGUCGCCAUCAAGCGCCUGAAGCUCGAGCCCGGCGACCCCAACGGCCUGCCCGUGACGGGCCUGCGCGAGAUCCAGAUCCUCAAGCGCUGCCGGCAUCGCAACGUCGUCAAGCUGGAGGAGGUCGUCGUGGGCAAUGACGUUGGCAAGCCAGACAACUCCAUCUUCCUCGUCCUCGAAUUUGUUGAACACGACCUCAAAUCCAUCCUCGACGACAUGCCCGAACCAUUCCUUUCCUCCGAAGUCAAGCGCCUCCUCCUCCAGCUCGCCUCCGGCGUCGCCUACCUCCACGACAACUACAUCCUCCACCGCGACCUCAAGACCUCCAACCUCCUCCUCAACAACCGCGGGCUCCUCAAAAUCGCCGACUUCGGCAUGGCCCGCUACGUCGGCGAGCCGGCCCCCAAGCUCACCCAGCUCGUCGUCACCCUGUGGUACCGCUCCCCGGAGCUCCUCCUGGGUACCCGCUCCUACGGCGCCGCCGUCGACAUGUGGUCCGUCGGCUGCAUCUUCGGCGAGCUCAUCGCCCGCGAGCCCCUCCUCCAGGGCUCCAACGAGGCCGACCAGAUAUCCAAAAUUUUCGAGCUGUGCGGCUUUCCCACCGAAGAGUCCUGGCCCUCGUUCCGCCGCCUGCCCAACGCCCGCUCCCUUCGUCUUCCCAAACAGUCGCCCCUCGCCACGGGCUCCGUCAUCCGCGCAAAGUUCCCCAACCUCACCACCGCCGGCGCCUCGCUGCUCAAUGCCCUGCUCGCGCUGGAUCCCGACAAGCGGCCGUCCGCCAAGGAGAUGCUCGAACACGAGUAUUUCCGCCAGGACCCCAAACCCAAGCCCGAGAGCCUAUUCCCCACGUUCCCCAGCAAAGCCGGCCAAGAGAGGAGACGGCGUCACGAGCCCGAUGCCCCUGUCCGCGGUCAGGCUGUGGCCCUUGGCGAUGUUGACUUUAGCGGCAUCUUUCAGGGGAGGAACAAGGAAGAGAAGGGCGCGGGGUUCACUUUACGGAUGGUAUGA